AUGACUAGGAGAAAAGUGAGGCUUGCUUACAUUGUUAACCAUUCAGAGCGAAAAGCUUCUUACAAGAAAAGGAAAAGAGGGUUGAUGAAGAAAGUCCAAGAAUUAAGUACCCUUUGUGGGAUAGAUGCUGCCGCGGUGCUUUAUGGGCCGUACGAUGAGAGGCCGGAGGUUUGGCCGGAGGAUCCCACCGCCUUGAAUCAAGUCCUGGCGAGGUUUAAAGCAGUACCCGCUUCAGAGAAAGGGAAAUGGAUGGUUGACCAAGAAACUUUCACUCGACAAAGGAUUGAAAAGACCAAAGAACAGGUUAAGAAAAUCUUGAGAGACAGUCGAGAAAAGGAGAUCCAUUUGUUUAUUGACCAGUGUUUGAGUGGCGAAAACAACCCGGAGAGCCUCCAAUCUCAGGAUGCCAAUGAUGUGAGUUUUGCCAUUAAGCGAAACGUGAUGGAGAUUACUCGGAGGCUGGCACUUCUCAAGAACCAGGAUGGUGAUGGCGUGGGUGGCGCCGCCGCUGAUGAUGGUGGCGGGCUUCCUCAAGGACAUUAAUUGACAAGUCCUAAAUGUGUGGUUUCUGUCGCGGAUAAACAAGGCAAUUCGGAAUGAAGACAUGUGACAAAUCUGG